ACCCACACAUACCAACCAUUCUCACGUCCGUCAACUUUGACUUGACCUGGUGCUGGUGGCCUAACCGUUGUACAAUUAAAUAACAAUCAAAACAUAAUUGCAUACGAGAGCAUUUCGCUUUUGCGAUGAGCCGAAAAACGAGUUCCCCAGCCUGGCUUUAUUUAAUUUGUGCGCGCAGUAAAAGUGCCAAGAACCACUAGUUGGUGUGUUUGUUGAGUGUGGCUAUACGGCUAUGUGUGCCCCAUUAAAGUCGGGCUACGCAAUUUGCAUGAGCGACAACUUCGAAUCUUUUGAAUGUUUAUAGUACGCCAUGACUCAACGCUGAACAAUUUCGUGGCCGCGUGUGUGAGUGCGUCGCUGAGAAAUCGUUUCUUGCUUGACUGAUAAUUCCUGCGAUCCGCGCUUAUUGUUCAUUUAGUUUUUGGUAUUUCUUGUGCCUGUUGUAACUGCUAUACGGGAUGGAUCGCUUGCAAUAAUAAUCAUAAAGUGAAAGCACCAACCUAGCAUGACACGGCUCAAUUGGGCCGCUUAACGCUUUCAUUCAACCCACAAGCGGUCUGGACUCGAAACCCAUUCGAACAUAAACCAAGAACUAGAACUCCGCACCACAUCGCACCGCUCCGCUUCGCAUCGCACCACUGGCCUCCUCCAAAAGGGGAACCAAGGCCACCCUCCCGCUUGCCAGCAUAAUUUCUCUCAAAAAACCGCACUCACAUAUACAUAUCUUCCACCAUCUUCGACAACGACCGCAACCGAAUAACACGAAUAAUGAAUUAUCAGAAGGCCAGUGAAAAGCAGUCGCCGUCCUCAUUGAAGAAGCGGCCGCCGGGCAACGGCAAUAGCAUACAAAACUUUUGGAACGAACGCAUUAUGGAGCGCUUCAUAAAGGCGAAUCUAUUCAUUAUCUGCUGCGUGGUGGCGGUUCUUCUGCUGAUCGUCUAUCUGGGGGCCUUUUCGUGUGAGGUCUCUUGGAUACUGGAGGCCCACGGGGAGCUGCCCUUCGCCGCCUACACACUCUGCUCGCUCUACUUCGUGAUGUUCGUGGCCACGACGAUCCUCAUCCACGGCCUGGUCAGCGGGCUGUGCUGGCCCUUGUUCGCCUGGUCGGGGAUCAUCGGCCUCCUCUCGAUCCCCGAGCUCGUCUUUGUCAUGAUCAUGACCACACAGCACUGGGGACUACAAUCAGUGCACGGACUGACGGAGCUGACCUCGUAUCUGAUUCGCCUGAUCAUCAACUGCUUCGCGCUGAUCUGUGUGAUUCCCACGGGCAUCCGGUGGCGCCGGGAGACCCAGGUGUUGAGCCAGCUGCAAGGAUUGGCCACUCGGCUCUCCCUGCAAACGCCCGCACCCAGUGUUCCGAUGACCAAAGCGGAUUCCCGACGGUCGAGCCAGCGACUAAGUGGAUUCGAGAACGCCGGCUACCAGCUGUGCGAUGAGACGGUUGGUAAGAUGCCCCUGGGUCCCGGCAUGGGAUUGGGUAUGAACAACCAAUGCGGCGGCAGUCAGGCGUUCGGCUCCCAGAACGAGUUUAACGCCAGCAUGUUUGCUCCGGCUCUGGCACAGCAGUUCAACAACGCCACUCUGAUGCAGCGAGGCGUGGCAGGAGGAGCACCAGGUGGCCAUCGCGCCCAGUCCCUGAUGGAUCUGCGCUGCACUCUGCCGGGAAUGUACAAUCCGCGACAUGUGCUCGAUACGGAGGACAAGAACGCCAAGUACUUCAACAUAACCAUCGACGAUUUGAAGAACAAUCUGCAAGACUCGCACCGACCAUCGCCGCCAUCGCUGAUUGGCUCCGCUAGCAAUGAUCCCAUAUACUGCUCGAUCGAACCCAAGCAGUUGACACCGCCACCCGCUCAGCAAAGGAGCCACAAUCGUCCUCGCGGAAGCCACAAACAACCGCCACCGGGCAAGCUUUCGAGGAAUUGCGUUUCGCUGGAAAACCUGGACGGGAUCAGCAAGGUGCAGAACGACCUAAACGCCUACGGGAAUAAUCUCCUCCAGAACUACACGCAGCAACAGCAGUACUACCUGGCCAUGUUGCUGCACCAGCAGCAGCAGCAACAGUUGCACCACCAACAGGCGGCUGGGAUCUACCGCAGGCCUUCCAACUGCAGUUCCUCGGGCGGAUUCGCCGGCACCGUCCUGGCACAACCGAUGCAGCGACGUGGUUCCACCCACAGCCAGCAGAUGCAGUAUUACGGAGGCUUUGGCUAUGCCAACUACGCCAACCCGUACAUCACGACAAACAGCAAGCUCUCGCUGGGCAACGAGUCCGACGACUACCGGAAGUACCGCGAUGUGGCCCUCUGAGACCGGGGUUCAGGAACCCUGGAAAAGAUCCCCAAUCGAUCAUCAGUCAGCGCUUAGGUUACAAUCACUAGUUGUAGGACAUGCUCGACCUAGAAUGAGAUUCCUCGGAAUAACGACCAAAGAGCCACAAACUAACUCAGUUUCAGUUCGUAGACUAACGUUACACUGGGAGAAUCCUAUGCCACGUUUAUACGCCGAUUAUAUUUGCCAGUACAAGAUUCAAAUUAAUAAUGCCACAAAUACAAAAUUUACGGGCACGCCUCAUUGCAAAUAAAAAGGUUCUAAGUGAGAAACUCCACAGUAAAAUCGGUAAGAUAUAAUUUUAAUAGCAAAUAAACAGUAACAAAAAAUGUGAUUGUAGACUUUUUCACAGUAUAAUUUCUUUGACAAACAAUUUUUGUUGCAAAUAGCUGGCGUAUAAACUUAGUAAUAGAGUAACUGGUUAAAUCAUCGUGACUUCUUACAACAAAUCCCGAAGUUUAGCUUUAAGAAUCGACCACAAAUCGACAUUGACAUUAAUUGUUUAUUAUAUGUAGUUGCUAAGAAAACGGAUAACAAUACUCUGAUCGACAGUCUAAUCAAACGAUCAAAACCUGUACAUAAUUGUAAUAAAAGGCAUUCAUGUUUUUACUCGAAA